AUGGACGAAAUAAUAGAAGAAGUGAAGAAGACAACAAGAGGUUACAGGCUGACAACCGGUGUGAUCAAGAUAAUUUGUUAUGCCGAUGAUGCAGUGAUUGUAGCUGACAGCGAGGACGAUUUACAACGGCUCCUAUUUAAAUUUUACACAAACGCCAAAACAUUGAACAUGGAAAUAUCGAAUGCGAAAACGAAAUCACUCGUGGCUUCAAAAGAACCAAUAAGAUGUAAACUUGUGUUGGAGGAUCGACCAAUUGAACAGCUGAUGUCGGUUGCUUACUUGGGCGUGCAAAUAACAGCUAAUCAGGACAGAACCAAAGAAAUUAAAGACCAAACAAACAAGGCGGCAAGGAUAUCGGGUGCUCUCAGAGACAUUAUAUGGAACAACAAACACAUGCGGAAAGAUUCUAAAUCCAGAAUAUAUAAAACUAUUGUGAGACCAAUGAUGACGUACGCAAUAGAAACGAGAGCAGACACCAAGGUGAUGAAGAAUGCACUCCGAACUACCGAAAUGAAAGUACUCAGAUACAUCCUAGGCUUCACAUUAAGAGAUAAAAAGAGAAAUGAAGACAUCCGCAACGAGUGUGAAGUUCCAGAUAUAGUUCGAUGGGGUCGCAAUAGAAGAAGAUUUUGGAAUGCCCAUGUGGAAAGGAUGGAUGAGGAAAGAAUUGCCAGAAUAGUAAGGGAUGGAAAUCCGGGAACACGUCGACCACUGGGAAGACCGCCUAAACGGUGGAAGGACUCGUGGACGUCAAUCUCCCAAGAGGCAUAA